AUGCGCUUUGUUGUGCUACUGUCUGCAGCCUGGGCUGCCUUCGGCCUGGAAUCUGUCCUACGGGCAGAUUCUCCUCAGGUUGUCGACCUUGGAUAUGCGAUUUACCAAGGGACAUUCAAUUCUACCUCUAACAUAACGGAUUUCUUUGCUGUUCGUUAUGCAGCACCUCCUGUUGGGAAACUUCGGUUCCAGGCACCAGCACCACCGCUCAACAUGCGGGCACAAGGCGUGCAGCUUGCGAACACACAGCCUCAGGCAUGUCCAAUGGCUGGUCCGGGUCUCAAUAGUACUACCCCGUUCCGAGACCUGUCAAACAACAAAGAUCGCAGACAGAACACGGAGAUCGAGGAUUGUUUAUUCUUGAAUGUUCAUGUCUCCGGCGAAAUUAAUCCAAAAGCACGCAUGCCAGUCGUAGUCUGGAUCCAUGGCGGUGGCUAUGUUGCGGGUAGCACAUCCGGGCAGAAUGGGAGUGAUCUUAUUAGGGAAGCAAGUGGAGGUAUUGUUGCCGUUGAAUUACAAUACCGCCUGGGAGUAAUUUUAGGGUUCCUCCCUGGUUCUGAAGUGAAAAAGAAUGGUGCAUUGAACGCUGGCCUGUUCGACCAGCAAUUUGCGCUUCAAUGGAUACAAAAGAGUAUCCACCUAUUUGGUGGUGACGCAAGUCGCGUAACAAUUUGGGGAGAUUCCGCAGGUGCUGGAUCUGUACUUCAGCACAUUGUUGCACACGGUGGAAAUACACAGCCGCCUUUGUUCCAUCAAGCGAUCACGAGUUCGACGUUCUUGCCUUCGCAGUACAACUUUGAUGAUGCAAUUCCGGAAUCUGACCUGUCUAUUAGAUGCAGCAAUGCUUCGGAUACAUUUCAGUGCCUCGUUGACGCUGAUGCUGGAACACUCGAGAGCGCCAAUGCUGUUAUCAAUGAAUCCGGCUUUUACGGAACAUUCGUAGUGGUCCCAGUCGUCGGUGGGGACAUGAUCGUUGAGCGGCCUAUCCAGACCAUCAACCGUGGUAGGCUCAAUGGGGUGCGUUAUCCACUGUCAGCCAUUACGAAUGCCUUCGAAGGCACUGUAUUCGUUAAUGCGAACUUUUCCGCACAAAUGACGGCCACGGAUUACGUUACGCAGCUCUUCCCUCUGUUCAAUCAAGCGCAGAUUGAGGAAACAGUGCAGCAGUAUACGAAUAUCGGACUGAACACCGUCAACGAUCAAGCAAUUGCGAUUAUGGGAGAAUGUAAGCUCGGUGUUUGA